AUGAUCCUCCCACGGCUAGUACUUUCGCCAGCACUGCUGCUCGCCAUCAUAGCAAUCAUCAAUGGCCAUGGCCAGCUGGACUGGGCUGCUAGAAGAGAGCUGGGAGACAUGUUUCGCUACUCAGUUGACCCGAAUGCACACGGGGGCCACUGCAGCGCCUAUGGCGAGGCUAAGCUGAACGCCCUCUUCGACGAUGCAUAUGUGUUAGCGGGUACUGCAAUCCAAGCAACGCUCGAUCUUGAGGAUGCAACCGCGAAAACGACAGACGAAGCGACACGCCUGAUAAACACGCUGUUCUUCCGGCCAUCAGAGGAGGAUCUGGCAAUUAUCCAAAGCAAAAUGCACGGAGUGAGGAAUUGGAUGGAGGUCGGUGGCCGAACCAAUAAUGGACAGAACAGACGUCGUCCCUUUCUCUUCUGCGGGGACAAGUGGAGGGUUCGCGAGACCAUGAGCACCCAGAUGAAAGACGCCAGCGGCAACCCCAUGUUCAAGGAGAACGGCGAGCCAUAUCUCAUCAAGGAUAGCAGGGAAAUAAGGAAUCGUCGCAAGGAAGCCGCACAGGAGUGGAAUAAAGACCCCAACACUGGAGUGAGGCCCUUAUGGCUUACGUCUUCGAUAAAAAAAUACGCUGAAGAUCCCACGCUCGGUCCUUGUACGAAUGUCGACGGCGUCGUCGCUUUUACCUUCAAUGAAGGGUCUUUCGGCGCCAUCACACUUUGCAUUGAUCAUAAGUACUUCAAAGCUGGACGAUUACGGUCCGUCGAAGCCUCAGCACUCCCAAGCAAAUUAUUCGAAAAUAACCAACCACCUUCCAACAAAGAUGAAGUCCAAUCUAUCUCUAAAGUGGUUCCGGCCGGACGGAUUGCAUAUCACGAAUUAUUUCAUCUGUAUUGGGGCUCAGAGAUGGAUGGUGUUGAGGAAUACGACUCCCAGCGGAUGGCUGGAAAUAAGCUCCGAAAAAACGGCAAGAGGUUCACAAAGUCCAAAGCCAUGAAGAAUCCAGAGACCUACGCUCUGGCUGCGGUCGCCUAUGAUUAUACUCUGCAUGUCACCCAUACUACAAAGAAGGGGACAUACCCAGUCGAGUUCUACACAGGGUUCUGUACGUAUGAGAUGUGA